AACCAAAUUUAAGCAAGUCACAUUGAACAUUUUGAUUAGGUUAAAAGGAGACUGUCAAGCUCUCUUUGCACUUUCUUCGUUUCAAAAUGUACUUUGUUUUUGUUGAUGUUCUGUUCUUUGCUUGUCACACAGAAGUACAUAGGAGAUUUAAAUGUCAGAUCUAAAUAGACCUCUAACUGGCUGCCCGCCAACAAUGCCUGGUGGAAGAAUGAUUACACCUGUUACUCAGACAGGUGUCCCUUCUGUUGCUUAUCCAGUACAUCCAAAUCCUUAUGGUUUGAUUUCAGCUCAACCUCAUCCCCAGUUCAUAUCUCAUCUUGCAUAUAAUCAGCUUUCAAAUGUUCAGAAUAGAAUGUCUAUGGUAGGUGCUGUUCCACCAACUAUGCCUGGUAUGUACAUUCCUGUUGCUCAAAUUCCAAGAGCACCUGUGCUUGCUUCUCAAAUGCAUGCAAGUCAAAUGCCUGCAGGAACCGGAGUUGUAAUCUUUGGGAAUAGAACAUCAGCGAUUGAUCCAUCUAAACUGCUAGAGCAACAAAGAAAAAUGGAAAAAGAUAGGAACUUCCAAUUACAACAACAAAGGCUUAAACAGUUCACUGUAGCUGGUAAAAAAGGGAGUAUGAAUGCUGAUAAUUUGAUUGAUAGUAUGUUUGGAAAAAGCCACGCGAAAGAAACUGUGCAACAUUCUACUUCUGUUAAAUCAAACCCAGAUCAUUCUGAAAUCAAGAAAACUAUACCAACUACAACACAUCAACCACUUACAGAAAUUUCUUCUGUUCCUUUUGAAAACAUGUUUUCUACUCCUAUGACUGCUAGUACUUUUCCGGCACCAAUGGCAAAUCCUGCUGGGAAUUCAGUAAUUAAACAAGAAAAAGACAAAAAAGAAUUACAUGCUAUGAUGAUGGAAUGUUCAAACUUAAGUGGCCCUCAGAAAGCAAACAAGUUUUUCAAACCUCCUGUUAAAGAAAUAACCCCAACAACGCAAUCACGGUCAACAUUCACUACAAGUGAUAAAGCCAGAAAUUGGAGGGAUAUUAAAGGACUUGAUGAAGUAUUUGUUGAGAAGAGACCUAGAUUCCCUCCCUGGUGUUGCAGAGAGAAAGUUCCUGAAUUGUAUCAUAAAAUUGAGUCAAUUGUUACCGGAAAUGGUGCUCAUGCCCCGGAAACAAGUUUGCUUUUCCCAAUAUUAGUUUCAUCAGGCUUACCUCAGCAGUCAUUGGCUCAAAUCUGGGAAAUGGUGAAUCAGUCUGCUCCUGGUUAUUUGACUAUUGAAGAAAUAUAUGCUGCAUUAGCACUUAUUGCAGUUUUACAGAGUGGUCACUCUGCAAAAACAAUUGAUAUAUUAUACCACCUCCCUUCUGGUCCGGUUCCACGGUUGCAAUGUUUUACCAGCUCAGACCAAGCAGCGGGAGAUGUUGAAAAACAACCUCACCAACUAUCAUCAGAUGUAGUAUCUCUUUCUUCUGGUCCAACAGCAACAUCUGAUUCAUUGAGUUACCAAGCAGUUCGGCCAACUGCUAUUUCUCUCAAGAAAGACAAAAUCCCUAGACUGGAUUCUCCAAGCACGGCAAAUAAUUUUACUAAUUCUAAAUUACCUUCUAUUUCAUCAACAGGAUUCAUAAGUUCACCUGAUGAUGAAUUUGAUGAUUUUAAAUCAGCUACUCCUACAUGUGUCAAUUUCAUGAUGUAUCCAUCUUCCACAAGUAAUAGUAUCUCUCAAGAAGAUGAGUUUGAUGAUUUUAAGCAAGCUCCUGUUUCUGCUGUAGUUGAUUCUAAAAAAGGAAUUUUCGAAACAGCAAAUCCUGUUGUCGGAAUGAAGCCAAGUGUAGUAAAACAAGAUUUAAUGUCUCCCGAGGAAGACAAAUAUAGUGUAUUUCGCCUUUUGCAAAAACCCGAGAGUACUGACGAUUGGGCAGAUUUUUCUUCAAAUUCAUUAGAAUCUACAAAUAACAUUCCUGCACCUUCACUUAGUAUCACAGAAAAAUCUUCCGACGUGAAAACUGCAAAUGUUUCAGAUUUCAACGCUUUUAAAGAUGACGGGGGAUUUGCCUUCUCUGCAAACAAUAUUUUUAAUGUCGAAGUUGCAGCUAAAGAAGAAGAUGACUUUGGAGAUUUCCUUUCUGCUGAAGUGAAACAGGACUCAAGUGUGACAAACAUUACUACUGAGUUGCAAAAAAUGAGCACCAACUUUGCUGACUUCUCCAAUUUCAGUGAUAGCAUAUCUGCUGUUCCAGCCUUGAUUGUGCCUGGGGGGAAUUCACAAAUGAAUGAGGAAUUUGGUGAGUUCACCAGUAGUUUUCCGGCGUCCAGCAGAGUUGAAUUGGGUCAAGAGUUCCUUUUCCGCCAUUUAAAAGACAAUAUAUCCCUCGCCGAAAGCCAGUCAGUUUCAAGUUUGGAACUCGGAACAUUUGAUGGGGGUGGUCAUAGCGGCGAAUCUAAAUCUUCUCUAAGUCGGCAGGGCUCUAUUCCAAGUUUAGAUUUGAAGAGCUCAGGUUUAGAAGUGAAUGAAAGUGAAGACUGUUUUGGCGACUUCCAAAAUGCCCCAGUUCCAAACAGAGUUUCUACAACUCCAUCACCCGUCAAAGGAAUAGAAGGCAGCAACUUAUCUGGCAUAUCUCUCAGUUCAAACUUUCAGCCCUCAAAAAUUGUUCCUCUCACUGAUAAAUACAGUGUAAUACGUUCUGAAGAAAAGAAAGAAGAAGACCAACAUAUCAGUAGUUGGACUCGUUGUCUGCAAAGCUCAGUUAAUAUAUUAGAAAAUACAAAGAAAAUAUUUAAUCAGAUGAGUUGUAGUUCAGUUUGCAAUGAAGUUCUUUCAUCUGAAGAAGGAGGGAAUUAUGUGAAAGAUGUGAUUGAAGUUUAUAAAGUGGCAUGCAGGAUAAAAUUUACUUCCAAGUCAUAUAGUAAACAAAGUGUAGCUAUCCUUGAUCUAUUGAAAGAAGUAGAACAAAUUUGGAAUUCUAUCUGUGGGUUCUUUGCUGGUUCUUCAUUAAUGCCUCAAGAUUCUUCUUUUGAUUUCUCAUCAUCAUUGCUAAGAACAGAUGCAGCUGACAAUGUUAAAGCUUGUGGCUUAUGUCUGUUAAAUGUAGAAAUAAAAAAUAAGGAUGACUGUUCUCUUAAGUUAUCAUAUGGAGGAAGAAAUUAUCACAGUACAUGUGCAAACUUUUGGGUUAAUUGUGUUGAUCCAUUACUACCUGCUUUAACUUUACCUCAGUUGUUGUAGUUUUUAUUGCAUUUAAACAUAGUAUUUGUUUAUUUAUAUUCAAAAUUCUAUAUACUGGUUUGUUUUAAUGUUUUGAAGUUGCUGGUAAACUUAGUUCUACACUGACAAAAUUUUAUUUCAGCUAUUGUCAUUUUUUAUGGGUUUUAAUUAUGUGCUAGUUUUUAUUCUCAUAAUUUAAGAUAUUAUUAUAUUUCUUUCACACAAUGCAUUUUGAUAACCAUGAGUUGAGUUGAAAUUUCAAUUAAGAGAAAUUAAGUUAAAAGAUUAACAAAUUGUAAAAUAAUUUUUAUGAAUAUUUCUUGUGGUAACACAAUAUUUAUUUCACACAAUAAAAUAUUCACAAAUUAUUUGAUGAAUUUAUAAGUUGAAUAUAAAACUCAUGAAGCUUACCGUGAAGGUGUUUAAUUUAGGAUGACUUAUUGUGGUGAGAAGAAUUACAACUUCAUUAUCUUAUAUUUCAUUUUUUUUUACAACACAUAUUUAUAAGUUAUUUAGUUUUAAGUUUCACUCAUUAAAGUGGAACAUGUACUUUAUUUGCCGUAGAAGUUUUUAAAGAGCUUUUGUUGGUUUGAUUUCAUUUCUUUUUAAAAAUAAGUAAUAAAAUUUGAUCAAGAGAAGUGACAGUCAGUUUCAUGGUGUAGAAAAAUCAAAUUAAAAAUCUUAAAAAAUUAAAUACUAAUAAAUACAAAAAAAUAACGACACUUAAAGGUAAGCAUUUUACUAUUUUUCCUUUUGAUGAAAAUUAUUAUUUCAUAGUGUUAAUGAUUCAUAAACUGCUUUUUAAAAAUGUUUUAAUUUUAUGUUUAUUAAUUGCUAUAAAGUAUUAAAAGUUUAAAGAAUAUAUAAAUUUGAGAUCUUUUUAUGUGCUGACAAAGUUACCAAUUGUUGAACUAUCUGUUCACGUCUAACACUCUUAUUUGGAAGCUUUAGACUUAAUGACUUUAAUUUUAAUAUAAAAGAUAUGCAAUUAAACUUUUAAACCAAAAGCACAGAAAUAUUGUUUUAGUAUUAAAAAUUUUAAGACAAAAAGCGCCUAAUUAGAAAUAAGUGAAGAAUUAACUACAAUUUCUCUUAUCUUCAGCUUAACUCCCAAUUUACAUUCUGAUUAUACUUCAAUUUUUCUGAUAUAGAAUUUUGUGUUAUGCAUGUUUGGUUUAAUAAAGUAUAUAAUUUAUAGCUUCAGUAUUAUUUUCUAACUUGAAAGCUAAUUUAUGAACGAAAAAAAAAUGUUUGUUACUUUAAAUAUCAAUUUUUAAAUUAGAUUGUAUUUAUUAUUUUGUUGAAAUAUAUGAGUAUUUAUAUAUAAAAAAAAUUUCAAGUCAAGUAUGUAUAUUUUUAUCUGUGUUAGAUUUUAUUGUGAUAUUUGGAUGUUUUGAUGUAUGAAUAAAUUUUGUUGUGAAAACGAUGUUAAAAUUGAUAUUUUGCAAAAAUAAAAAAAUAAAUUUCACAA